AAUGCUUCUCUUACCUGGCAAAAACAAAACCAGCCUCUUGCUGUUUUCGUAAUGUUGUAUUGUGAAACUGAAUAAAUUGCCAGUUCUCUUGUAAUAUGGGCUUUUACCAGUUACAUUAAAAGCUAUGAUUGAAAGAGCUGAUUGAAAACACCUGGGUGUUUUCAUCAGCAGUUGCACGUGCGUGGUCCUGUUGACCUCGAGCUCUCACCGAGAGUCUCUUUAAGUUUUGACCAGUUUCGUUGUUUAUAAUGGAAAAACAAAUGCUGAUGUCAGCUGUUCUUUGUUAUUUUCGCACGUUUGUCUUGCUGCUGGUGUUAACCUGUUGCUCCCCGUUGGUGAGGUCUUCUCUGGGAGCUUCCAGUGUGCUACACAAUCUGAGGGAUUUGACGUACCCUUAUGGCACUAUCUUCUCCCCGCUGCUCAAAUCCCUGUCAGAGCACGGAGGGUCGAGGUGGAACCCGGACCUGAGGAAAAAGAUGAAACCUGAGCAAAAGUACAUCAAAUAUCUGACAGAGGUUUACAAGAAGUCUCCAAGAGUACAGCGGAGUUUGGGCAAGAAUAAAUUCUACAACACUGUCCGAUUGAUCAAACCUCAAGAUGAAUGUCUGGCACAAAAAGAGAAUUUCAAGCAGGAUCUUUCCUACAGCCUUGAUCAAGUAAGAAGAAAAGAACGGCUCCUGAAGUCAACCCUUCUCUACAAUUUAGACCGAGACCUUGCUUCACCUGUCAACUCUGUGUGCUACCUGAGUGUCAAGGAGCAGGAGCUCUCCGACCAGUGUCAGCUGUGUCCCGCUGCCCGACUAUCUGUAAACCUCACAGCCAGCACAGACAGGAGGGGAAACUGGGUGGAGGUCGACGUGACCUCGUUUCUCCAGCCCAUCUUACAGAUACAAAGAAAAACAUUACAUCUGCUCAUCAACGUCACCUGCCCAGAGGAAGAAACAGUCAGAGGUGAAGGGAGCAAUGGCCCAUAUAAGUUCACCCUGGGUUCUCCUCUUCUGCUUCUAUAUCUCAAUGACGCCAGCAACAUUGCCCACCAGAGGUUACUGGUCAGCGCCAAAGAAGGUCAAAAGCCAGCCACUGCAGCUAACACACUUCCACAGCAGGGGGCUUACAGACCAGAACAGAGGAUCGGGCGGAAAAGAAGGUGGAAGAGAGAGUCUCCAAAGAGCAAGAGAGGUGAAAAAAGUGUGGAUUUCCAUUUGCCUGAACUUCUUCCCAGCUCUGAAUUCCCAACCAGUGACUGUGCCUUGUACGAUUUCAGGGUGCGAUUCAGCCAGCUCAAACUAGAUCAGUGGAUUGUUUACCCACCAAAGUACAACCCCAGGUACUGCAGAGGCAUCUGCCCAAAUACCGUGGGCUUCAUCUACGGCUCACCCCGCCACACGAUGGUGCAGAACCUCAUCUAUGAGAAGCUCGACUCCUCCGUGCCCCGGCCCUCAUGUGUGCCGUCCCACUACAGCCCCUUGAGUGUCAUGAUCUUUGAGAAGGACGGCUCCUAUGUCUACAAGGAGAUUACAGACAUGGUGGCAACCAGGUGCACAUGUCGCUAAGCCAGCUGCCUAAAUGUCUUCUCAAUGUUCUUCCUUUUUUUAAAGGCCAUAUCAAACAUCAACAUAAACCUCCUCAACAGUGGUCAUUGGUGGACCCGAUUCUCUGACCAGGCUGAGUGAUUUCAGGAGUUUCUAAAAUCGUUGUGCAUGACAAAAAGUUUGAUCUGGAGCAGGUGUGUUUACUUAAUCAAAUGUGUUUACUUAAAGUAUUUUAUACUAAUGUAAAUAUGUAAAAACAUUACAUGUAUUUGCUUUUCGUUAUCGAA